AUGGGUACUGUUGAGUACUCCAAUUCUCAUGAUGUUGAAGAAGCGAUCCGUAGGUUUAAUGGUGCUAACUUUAUGCAACGGGAAAUUUUUGUUAGGCAAGAUAAUCCCCCACCUGUUUCUGAUCGCCGGGAAAGACGUGGUACUGUUCCUACUCCAAGGCGUGCUUACUAUGGUGGAUUUGAAAUCUUUGUCGCAAAUCUGCCAUACUCUAUCAACUGGCAGGCUUUAAAGGAUAUGUUUAAAGAAUGUGGGGAUGUGAUCCACGCAGAUGUUUCUGUUGACGCAGAUGGUUAUUCGCGUGGUUUCGGUACAGUGUAUGUUGCUACCAAGGAUAACCAGUUGGCCGCAAUCAAAAAGUGGAACGGUUUUGAAAUAGAAGGACGUGUGUUAGAAGUUAGGAAGGGCAAAGGUUCAGAAUCGGUCAGUGGUAGUCGUGGUGAUUCUUAUAUACCAAAAGGCGAUGGCGUCUCCGAUUCUCACAGAGAUAAUCGUCAUAAAUCUAAUUUGGAUACCGAAGACAGGUUUUCUGGUUCUCUUGAAACGCCACAGGAGGAGAGUAAUACAGCUUCCAAUGUUGUUCCAGACACAGCCUUUACUUCCAAGGCUGGGCCAGGCGGUGAGAGAAGUAGAAUCAUUUACUGUGAAAAUAUGCCUCCCGCUACUGUAGAGUCGGAUUUGUACGACCUAUUUGAAACUAUUGGUAAAGUUGUUAGAGCCAGUUUGAAGUAUGAUGAGGAAGGUAACUCAAAAGGUGUAUCUGUUUGUGAAUUUGAAACUACGGAAGAUGCUGAAGAAUGCAUUCAGAGAUUAAAUAAUUAUCAUUACGGUGGCUGUGACCUCAAAAUCUCCUACGCAAAGUACCAAUGA